AUGGCAGCACAAUGCGUUGGCAACAAAGUAACACUGAAGUUCUGCAAGCAAGUGCAAGUGGGCCUAACGUUAAGUGAAAAUAAAGGAACAUGCACGUCUCCAUGCCAAAGUCUUCUAAAGGUCGCAAGAGAAACAAACUGGUUCAUUCCCAGAGUUCAGACGCGACAGGCUUGCACCCCUCGCCUAUGACACCGCGCCCUCCCUUGAACGAUCGCUGUACUCGUUCACGUGGCAACCUUGUCAAGCGGAGCAGCCUGAGAACGAGCAGUAACAUCCCAGAGCUGGUGGAGGCCAUAUCAGUCCCAGUGCUGACCCUUAACAAGUACAGGGUCCUGCCCUCCAUCGAGAAAAAGCCUGAACGGGAGCCGAGUUUGAGGGGCAUGGAGGAGAAGACCUCCAAACUCAGCCUGUCAGACAACUUCCUGCUCCAGUUGCAGUACCCGCAGCGAGAACAGCUCCUCUCCCCCAUCCAGACAUAUGAUGCCUCCAAGAGCAGCCCCGAAAUGAGCGUGCUGUCUGAGGUCCUGUGCAGGCCAGGCUCCCCGUUAGUCUUCAUGGAGUCACCAGAGCACCCAGCAGAAGAGAUGCCCCUUGACAAUCAGGGCAGUCUAAUGCUCGCCAUCCGGACUCCAUGUGGGAUCAGGAUCGAACAUCGUUUCAACCCCGACAGCACCCUGCGAUCAGUCAUUGCUGCAGCGAAGGUCCACCAAGGGAGAGGGUACACACGCAGCGUAGUUGAAACUAUGGACAUGCCCCGUAGAACCUUUACAGACCUUAACAUGACUCUAGCUCAGUGUGGCAUUCUCAACAGGUCGGUGCUGUGCAUUUCACACGUGGAUUUUGUGGAUGAUUGAUUUUUUAUUUUUGAGAAUGUCCUUCAGAAGUCAUAGACAUUAUUUUUGUAUUAUGUUUUUAAGAGAAAUUGUAUAGUAAACAUAAAAAUGCUUAAAUGAU